GGAAUAGGGGCAUCCCUUGGGCCCACCCUGGGGACUCCCCAAGUGGCCAUGUUUUGUGGAAAACUGGUCCUCCAUCUCAACGUCCAGACAGGACGCUGGGAGCCCGAUGCCAUCAACACUCGGACCUGCUUUCGUACCACAGAGGAGAUCCGGAGCUACUGCCAGGAGGUAUAUCCAGAGCUGCAGAUCACUAAUGCUGUGGAAGGGACGCAGCCAGUUACCAUAGACAAUUGGUGCAAGAAGGGCCGGUCAUUAUGCAAAGGCCAGAUGCACAUUGUGGUACCCUACCAGUGUCUUGUGGGCGAGUUUGUGAGCGAAGCACUUCUUGUACCAGACAAGUGCAGAUUCCUACACCAAGAGAAAAUGGACUCCUGUGAGACCUACUUGUAUUGGCAUAGUGUGGCUAAAGAGGCCUGCAGUGGUGAACAUCUUGAGCUACACAGCUAUGGCAUGUUACUACCUUGUGGAGCUGACCGUUUCCGAGGUGUGGAGUAUGUGUGCUGCCCCUCACGCCCGCCAGCCAUCAGGGUGGAACAGUCUACAGAGGCUCCCCCUGUGGUUGCCCAUUUAAGGGAAGAAGCCCUGCGCAGGGAUGACUAUUUUGUGGAACCAGAAUACUACGAUGACAGCAUCACUCAGACCACCAUCACCACUACAACUCAGACCACAGAAGAAGAUGUCAAAG